UUCGUAAAUCGUCUAAGAACAGAAGAUAAAAAAUGAAUUUUCAUCUCGACGAAGACUUCUAUUUUACUCCAUUGAAAAGUCAUUGCAAAAUAAUAUUUUUAUAGCCAACCGGAUUUGAACUUUACUGAAGCCGCGUAAUCGAUGCACUUGGAUCGUGAAGAACGAGAAAGCUUGCAGCUCACAAAAAGUGAGUACAAAAUCUGCUUUACCGACGGCAACGUUCGCUCAGGGACCUCCAUGGAUUCGAGUACUAUCGGAACGAAGGGCAGAGGCAGGGCAGAAGCGGAUAAUUAGCAAAUCGUUUGAGGAAGAUUGGAAAAAACUUGCUGCCAUGGCAACGGGGGAUCAUCUCUUCAUUUCCAUUGCCAUGAGAAACUCCAUUUGACAGUUGGCUUAACCUUUUUCGACGAUGUCCAAAAAUUAACGUAGAACAGAUCCAUCGAGAGUUGGAACGAUGGCGCGCAAUGCAUUACGCAAAAAAGGAGAAAUCAUUUGCCUGCAGGACUCGCCCCUGGCGAGUUUCGACCACUGCAAUCGUCGCACAGGAUUCGAAGUUGACCGUAGAAAGCCAUCGAGAUUAAGGUCGAAAAAAAAUCACGAGGACAAAAUUCAACUUCGAAGAACGAAGCGAAAAAAGGUGGUUCGGGCCAAAGCACGUGCUUCCAAAUUGCCGUGCAUUCCGCAGAGGGUACUUCGCGUUCUGAAGAUUCUACGACACGAAAAAUUUCUCGACCUCGUGGACAAGUAUUUCAAGCCGUUCGAGACCGCACAAAAGUCACAAACAGACGUUCGACUGCCGACAAAUGAGAAUUCUGCAGUAACCGAUGGAGAAGCGAAGAAUAAAAGAGAAACACAGAGUUCGAAUCGUUUGAUCGAGCGAACCCGUGCUGCCCGACGGAUUCAAAGCUGCCCAACGAAUUCUUGAAUCUUUCGAUAGUUUUUA